GCCAUUAUCCCAUACCAACAGGCUAAUCUACCCCACCAGGAAUCCCAUACCAUUCAAGAGCUGGGCCACAUUUCCAACCAACCAGGCUAUGUCUCUGACCACAUCUCCCAUGAGCGUUCCCAACCGCAUUCCCGCCAGCAGCCCUGCCAACGUACCAAUGAGUAUUCUCACCAGCAGUCCCAUGAGAAUUCCCACCAGCUGCCCUGCCAACAUUCCAGUCAGCAUACCCACCAGCGUUACCUACAGCAUUCUCAAGAGCGUUCCAGCCAGUGUUUUGAUGCGCAUACCCACCAGCGUUACCAACAGCAUUCCCAAGAGCGUUUCAGCCAGCGUUCUGAAGUGCAUACCCACCAGCGUUACCAACAGCAUUCCCAAGAGCGUUUCAGCCAGCGUUCUGAAGUGCAUACCCACCAGCGUUACCAACAGCAUUCCCAAGAGCGUUCCGGCCAGUGUUCCCAUGAACAUUCCCAUGAGCAUUCCAGCCAGCGUUCUGAUACGCAUACCCACCAGCGUUACCAACAGCAUUCCCGAGAGCGUUCCCGAGUGCGUUCCCGCCAGUGUUCCGAUGAGCAUUCCCACGAGCCUUCCAGCCAGCGUUCUGAUACGCAUACCCACCAGCGUUCCCAAGAACUUCCCAGCCAGAGUUCCACUGAGAGGUCCCACCAGCGUACCCUGGAACAUUCCUAUCAGUCACUCCAAACAGCCCAUGUUACAGAUGCGACUGACCACAACAUCACGCAAGGGCAGACCCCAGGCUACCAGCAAACUACAUCAACCCAUUCCUCUAAUGCCAGCUCUAGUCGCCGAACGCGUCCCGAGCAGCCAGGGGCCGGACCACCCGUCAGUGGGGAGCAGGGCACGGCGCGAGACCAAAGCGAGGCCAUGACGAGCAUGGUGGAACAGCUCAGGAACAGCAGGACUCGGGGUCUGUCUGGAGCCAGCAUCAGAUACCUCCCGUCCCACCGCUUCAGAUCUGACGGCCAGACUUCUGAGCAAACCCGGUGUGUCGUGUGCUUAUACGAGUUUGAAGACGGUCAGCUGAUUCGUGGCCUGCCGUGCAGCCAUGAAUUCCACGCCAGAUGCAUUGACAAGUGGCUCAGGGCCAACAGAACAUGCCCCAUAUGCCGAGCUGACGCGCUGCAGUGGACCUCUGAGUGACCAGAGCAGUCCAUGAGGGCCCCACCUGCUGUAGCGUACACUGCAGAACGGAAGUGUAGCUAUAUGGUCUUACAUAUACAAAUUAAGACCA